AAUCCUCAGACUCCGUACUUGUUCAAUUGCUGAAUGCAUUCCAGGUCAGCGCCAUCGGCAUCGCAGGUGUCCUUGGUUGGGCAAUCAACGUCUCUCUUGCAUUCUGCAUGGGCACCGACGUGAACUCCCUUCUCAACAGCCCGAUUGGACAGCCCAUGGCCCAAAUUUUCUUCAACAGCUUCGGCCAAAAUGGAACGCUUGCAUUGUGGUCCUUCGUCGUGCUUGCUCAAUAUAUGAUGGGCUCGAGCAUGGUCCUUGCAUCAUCUCGCCAAACAUUUUUUCCCGUGAUGGCGCACUUCCGUUCUCAUCUUACAUCUAUCGCAUGAACAGCUUUACCAAGACGCCCGUCAACACCGUUUGGUUCGUCGCGAUUAUCUCGAUCAUCCUCGGCAUGUUGUCGUU